AGAAGAAGGAGGAAACGGCGCAAGAAGAGUGAGAAAAAGGAGCAUUUUUUUUUUUUUGUGCGCGAUAUAUUCCCGUGGAUAUAUACCGGGUACACACAUCGAGCUGCCUCUCCCUUUUCUCUCUUUUUCCCUCUCUAUCUUGUUGCGUUCCUCGCUCCCUUUCGCACACUCGCCUCCUCUCACUCUCUCUCUUUCUCCCUCUCUUUUCGGCGUUUCCACGCGUCCGCCCGAUCUCGCGAGAUGUACGCGCGCGGGAGUGCAAUGAUUAUUUACAAAGCGUAGUUGGCCGCGAUCGUCGCAUUUCAACCGUCCACCGUCUCGACAACGAGACACGAAGGAAGACGCGAAGGAGAGAAAGAAAGAGUCCGAGGGAUAUACUCAUGUAACCACGAAUGACAUACUAUUGAGACUGACGUUUCGAAACUCACCUGGAAUCUCCGAGAAAAGCUCACCGCAUAAAACUACAUCUCUUUCAUCGUCGACAACGAGUCUCUUGGCGUCUUCUCGAUCGUGCAUCCUCAUCUUCGAACAAGAAAAACAAGGAACGGAGCAAGGCGGUUUUCGCGACGACUGGAAUUCUCCGUCCCGUCAGGAUCGCGCGUUCUCUCUUCUCUACGUUUCUCGUGCCUCGAUCCUUUCGCGACAAGCGCGAAGUAGAGCUUGUUGAUCUCGCCGACAGUGACAACGGCCACGUUCUAAAAUUCUCUCCGCGAGAGACAACGCGGCCCUGAUAGCGAUUGUUUGUGCUUCGCGACGCACGUGUCUUCAAUGUACGUAGCCGGUAUUGGUCGCGCAUCGUCGCCACGUAGUGCGUCGUUCUCCUCCUCGUGGCCGACGUAGCCGUCGAUCAGGUUGCGCGACGCCCUACGUCAUCUCCGAAAUCGGCAUCCGCGACGAUGAGAUGAGCGGUUCGUCUCAGUCCGUAUUUCGUGCCGCGACAGAUCGCAGGGUCGAAGUGGCGAAGGGAGGAUAGAUGAGCGUGUAAUAAAAGAGCGAUAACGCGGUGGAUCUGUCCGCUACCGCGAGUAUUGCGAGGGCAGCGGUUCAAAGUACGCGGAGAGAAGCGAAAAGGAGAAAGAGAAGUUGCAGCGAUGAUGAUGCGCCGCUGUGCCUUAGAAUGCCGAUGGACAACGAACUUGUCGUCGUGAGGCGAAGAUCGAGCUGACGUGUCACGCCGGAGAACGGAACCUGGCCGCGACGUCGACGAGCCGAGGCCGGAACUGGAGGAGGAGGAGGAGGAAGAGGAGGAAGAGGAGCCGCCGGACGUAACCCCCCCCACCCCCCCCGAGGCACCGGCUCGCACGAAUAUGAGCAUGACUCUCGUCCGAAAUUCGUUCAAGGGCUGCAGCGAGGACGACGCAGGUGUCGUGGAUACAAAGGUGGGCGGAGGUUGCGCGGGUGAAGCGCCAACCGCAGGAGGUGGUGAUGCUGCCGGAGAUGGAGGUGGUGGUAGCGUUGGAACGCGCGGGGAUGGUGGCGGCGACAGCGAGGGCGGAUCAUCCGCGAAGCAGCAGCAGCAGCAGAGUGGCGAAAGGUGCCCUCAGUGCGGCAUCCUAUGUCGGGACGUCCGUGUCCUGCAGCUUCAUCUCGAGGACACGCACAAAACGUCCUAUACCAUCGAUAAGCACGAUCUCAACGCCCAGUUCUCCCAAGUGUCCUGCAAAGUGUGUAGCAAAACCUUUGCCAACGUCUACCGGUUACAGAGGCACAUGAUUAGUCAUGACGAAAGUGCCGUUUUACGAAAGUUCAAGUGUCCCCAUUGCGAGAAGGCCUUCAAGUUCAAGCAUCACCUUAAGGAACACCUGCGCAUUCACAGCGGUGAGAAGCCAUUCCAAUGCAACAAUUGCGGCAAACGUUUCUCUCAUUCUGGUUCAUAUUCGAGCCAUAUGACGGCAAAGAAGUGUUUGAUAAUGAAUUUAAAAAAGUCAAGACAAAAUACCAUAAGUAAUGUCGAUCGGGGACCGAAAAAAACGCAUCAACCGUUAUCUGGACGACGCGAGGUUGAUCUUCUGACAGCUAAUAAUAACACGUUCCUACCGAUCUUGCCGAAAUUGUCACCUUCGGAUUAUCAAGAAAUACAAAGGGAAGCUGCGGCAGGUAUCUAUGAUGUGCCGACCUUGCUGCCUCAGAUGAUGGGGUACGGAAAUUAUAUCCUGCAGUCUUCGAUAGGCAAGCUGCUGAACCAAUUGCACUCUAAACGGCUCGACGAAAUCGCCGAACAGUUUGAGACGCAUCGAGAAGUGAUGAGUCCAUCGACAGCGGAUUCCGAGGGAACCGAAGGCACUGAGGGUAAGGAGUCCCCUGCACCAGCGGAUCCAAUGCAAAGUCUCGAUGCUGUUCGCCGAAUUCUGGAGACCGUAAAUACUUCCGUGACGAAACAGCUACUUGAAGCGAAUGUGCGAAAACUCUCCACGUCUCCGGCUACAAUGAAACGAGAACUUGAGGAAGAUUAUCAGGAUCAAGAUAGCGAAAUGUCCAGUGAGAUGACACAUUGUCCAGACUGGGCCGCAUUAGACCAAUAUGACUCGCAAAGCGAGGGUCUGGCUGCGAAAUUAGAAAAUGUCAAUCACCCGACAUCGAGAUCAUCCAGUAAGAGAAAGAUGGAGGACAGUUCUGAGGGAGAUUCAGAGGAUGAGGAUGAGGGCAACCACACUCACAACGAUAACGGUAGAAGGGUUAGAGCUAGAUCGCUUAUAGAUGAUGAACAAUUGGCCAUUCUGAAAGGUUACUAUUCCAUCAAUCCGCGACCUAAAAAGGAGGAAAUCAUCAUGAUUGCUAAUUGUAUUAAUUUCCCUACUCGUGUGGUACAGGUUUGGUUUCAAAAUUCUCGGGCCAGGGAUCGAAGAGAAUCAAAAAUGCCACCGGCCUUGGUACCUUUAGUCUUGGGAAAUCAAACUGUUAUCGAGCAGCCUUUGGAUUUGUCUAAAAAGGAAGCAUUUGUUGCAUCAACGACCAAAGAAAGUGAUAUAUCGAGCAGAAAUAUCUCGUCUCCUUGCGAGCAAAAGGACGAUAAUUCAGUCUCGAACGUCGACAACGACGAUCUCGAGGAUUCGCCUCUUGUCAUAGAUGAAGAAACUGCUAUUGAUCCUAUUGAACCAAAGCGUACACCUACAAAUGGAGAGAUAAUCACAAAGAGACAAAAUCAAAUAAAUGCGAAAAGUGAAAGUGAAGCUGCACCUCAAUCGGAAGCAACCCCUGUAGCAGCAGAAACUGAGCAGGGUCUUUAUUCCUGCGAUCGAUGCGACAAAACAUUCUCCAAACACAGUUCUCUUAUGAGACACAAGUAUGAACAUUCCGGGCAAAGGCCGUACAAAUGCGUGGAGUGUCCAAGAGCGUUCAAGCACAAGCAUCAUCUGACUGAACACAAGCGGCUACACAGCGGCGAAAAACCUUUCCAGUGCUCCAAGUGCCUAAAGCGCUUCUCUCACUCCGGCUCCUAUAGCCAGCACAUGAAUCAUCGUUACUCUUAUUGCAAGCCCUACAGAGAAUAGAAAUAUUCCACCUGCUCAUCCAAAGUUCGCUCGCUUAUCUAGAUAUAAUAUAUGCAGUUCUUUCUUUUUCUUACGUUUAGAAUUUCCCUCUUUUGUGUGUGAAUUUUUCCUCCGACAUUUCCACGUCUUAUAAGAAAACGCUAGAACGCCUUCAUACUUUCCUCUCGCAUGAACUUUAAAGGGAGUUGCGCGAAAUCGCGUUUCACACGAAGCUAUAAUAUAUAUAAGAUGCUGCGCGUGACAUCACAUUACAAAGCUAUGGCAUUUUAUUGAUGAUCGGUUCGUACUUCGAAAAAAAGAGAAACCUGAAAAAAGGUUUAAGCGAUGCGAGAUCGAAAAUGGUCGACAUGUAUGUUAGAAUUUGUGAUUGAGAUAUGAAAGACGUUCGUAACGUCUCUCUUGUAUUGUAUGCGUGUGCGUGUGUGUAUCAACCGGUUUUAGAUUUUAAAAAAAGAAACGAUACCGGUGAAAAAAAAAUAGAAACGAAAAGAAACUACUCGCGAUAAGUGGCGUUGACAAAUAAACCAAACGCAUAUAACGGUACCAAAAAAGCAUAAUGCAAUAAUCUAUUAUAUAUAUAUUAUAUAAUAUACAUAAUAUUUUAGUAUUUUUAUUAACAAAAUAUUAUAUAUACCAUGACAAUAAUAAAAAAACUAAUUAAUGUACAAAUUUGUUAGCCACGUCCGUAUGAAGAGCGCGAUAUCCAUUCGCAAAAUUAAUGAUAAUAUACGAGAUUUGACGAGUUUAAAAUGUUCAGUGAUAAACAAGAAUGUUCAUCUUUUAAACAAUUUCUGCGAAGUGACGUCAUGUCUGUAUUUCGAUAACUAAUUCCUAAAAUUUAUAUUCCAAAGAUAAUACGGAUUUAUGAGAAUGGAGAUCGCGCGUGGUGUAAAACGAGUGCUCGUUCUACAUAGAUAAAGAUGGAGAUAUAUUGAGUUUACCGAAUCAAAUAUAUCUGAAGUACAGCUGUUAAUUGAGCUUAACAUUAAAAAACUUCGUCGGGCGUAAAGACGAAGAUUAGAAUCUCAUGUUCCGCCUCUUUAUAAUGAAUAACUUCACUUGACGAAAAAAAGGCUAUAUUAUUAUUAUAUUACUAUUAUUAUUAUACAUUAUUGUAUAUGUAGAGAGAGAGAGAGAGAGAGAGAGAGAGACGUGGAAUUUAAGGGCCAUGCGGGUCGGUGAUUGAUGUCAUGCGAGAAAUAUUCUUUUUAACUCUAUUGUACUUACAAGGUGGCAAGUUGAUGACGUGUUGUUAUUCCUAUAAUACAACGUGAUUAUUGUUUGAGACGAUACAAAUACGUAGUAAAAUGCGCUACACAUUCCGCGAGGAUCCGUUUUCUCAGGGCCUCUUCAUUUUAUUUAUCGCUUUUUCCUCUUGCAACGAAUAACACCGUGUGGCACCUUUCAUCGAAGUCCCGAUUUUGUUUCUGCAAUAUAGCACAAACAACUUCCCGAAGCGUGCGACAUGUGUGUUUCAUCUGGGGAGUCUAUAGAUAGUCUAUCGAUAGUUUCGAUGGACCUGAAUAACACAGAAAUCCGAAAAAAAACUUUUAUAAAGGAAAUUCUGGAAAGAAUAUCUUCAAAGAAUUAGGUAAUCUUUGCAUCUUUCGUAUCUUUGUAUUGAAAAUACAAAGAUAUCUUAUAUCCUGUACAAGAAAUCUUUGUAUUGAAAAUCCAAAGACUUAUGUGUCGAAAAGGUGCGACGAAGGAUAAUGUGCAUUAAAACCUCGCAAUAAUCUUUUCACCGAAAUCCGAGGCCCGAAUAACCAUUACACCUAAAUAUGAUAUUAAAUGCUUCCAACAUUGUACUAUUAAAAUUAUUAUAUUAUGACGUUUAUAUGAUUUUAUUCGUUCGGACGCGCGUAUAGAUAAGAACGUAUAUUAUAUAUAUACAUAUAUAUAUACUCUACAGAUUGAUAAUACUCGAGAAUGUAUUUUAUAACAGUUUAUGCGUCUUUUUAUUUACACGAGUACUACAAGUGAUAAGUGAUAUUGUUAUUGAUAAAGAAAGAUGAGAAAGAAAUAUGAGAUACAGAUAUUACCGUAUUAUUGAAAUUUUGUGCCAGUGUGUGUGCGGCAUACGGCAAACCGGUACGUCCUUGACGUUUCGUGUGUGUAGAAGCUUCGGUUAUCCGCGACAGGCAUCGUGUUUACCACUACCACUCUACGAAAGAAAAAAAAAAGAAAGAUGAAAAAUGUGCAGAUAUAAUGCUUAAUAAUACUCAUUUAUUAUAGUGUUAAUAUAUGAUUAUAUAAGAAAUAUAUUUUUAUAUAAUUAUAAUGUAAUAUUAUACGGAUACGAGAUAGUACACACUAAUCGAUCGCAAGCAGCGGCUAAUUCGGCUGCAACGGAUCUCUUCCUUACAUCCGACACAUAGAAUUAUCGUAAUUUCUCUUUAUAUAUCGGUGCGAACAAAAAAACUAAUUCUCGCUCGUUCCCCUUCGUUUACCGUUUGCAACACGAUUCUUAAUCGCAUUUUAUUUAGUUACAAGCGACAAGUUAGUUACAAGUUCCUAACUGUAUCUAUUCGUAAAAAAAUUCAAUGCGUAUUUUUAAUGUAGAUAUUUCGUUCCUCAACGUGUUUUUCUAAUUUUUUAUUUUAUUAAUGUUAAACUUUAUUCCCUUCAGUCUCUUGUAACUUCUGCACCUCGUUUCUUUUGAGUUAAGUACGUAAUCGAAUCGUUCGAGUCAUUCUGCUUUGUAUUUAUAUUAAGAAUUGAAGGUGAUAUAAUUUCGAUGAGUUUAAUUUAUAUAAUUUUGAGCUCAAUGAAAUUAUAUCGUUGUCAAUCUUCACAAUUAACAUCUUCGCUUUUCGAGUAACUAAGUGACUUCACGACCAACAACGGGUUAGGACAUCAGGAGGAAAAGGCAGGAAACUUACGAAGACAAUAUUAUAUAUAUACGUAUAUAGAUAAUAUAUAUAUAUAAAAUAUUAUAUUACAUUUCUCUCCUCUGAUUCGGGAGUUUUUGCGACCCGCUUGCCUCAAUAUAUGUACGUACUACUGAAUAACGAAAAAAAAAAAAA